CGGUCGUCGAAAGUCGGACUUCAUAUUGCGUUCAGUUAAAUAUUGCCGGGCUUCCCUCAAGCCUUGCAGUUGAUCCUCUCCAUCUUCCCCCCAUCAUGGCCACAGUCGCAGUCGCAAUGCAACGAGGGAGGUUGGGCAGCCCCAUGCGGGUAAUCACUAACUCAUUCGAGGUCGUGCGCCGGCCCUCCGCCACUUAUCACCACUAUGAUGUCGUCAUCGCGCCGAAGGUCGACAACCCCCGACGCGCCGCGGAAAUCAUCGACAAGUUGCAACUGGGCAACCCGCAUCUCUUUACAUCCCGGGCCGCAUAUGACGGCAGGGCCAACCUGUUCAUGAGGGUCACGGCCGUGAACCUCACGGGAGAAUAUACAGUGAAUAUGUCACGCGAUCCAACUAGGAACCCUGGUCGUGGCGUCUUCAAAGUCACGCUGACGCAUGUUGCCAUCAUUCGGCCGAGCGACAUUGAGCAGCUCAUAGCACCCCAGGCGAACAACGCGAAUGUCAACACUAUGGCCGUAAACUUGGUUCAAAUCAUCCUUCGCCAAGCCGUGAACAUGAAACACGGCUAUGCUCUCGAUGCUAAGUCGUUUUACACUGACUACCAAUCUAAGGCUCUUGGUGGAGGUCUGAGUGCAUGGAAGGGCCUCUUUCAGAGCGUGCGCCCAGUGUUGAACAAGCUUCUUAUCAAUGUUGACGUGUCAAAUGCACUUGUGUAUACUGCAGGCGAUCUUUUGAACUCCACUCUCCAGUUCUUUGGCUGGAGAGAUGCGCGGAACCUUAGGGAGCUGAGGGAGAACGGCCAUGAUUGGAGGAGGCUCAAAAGCUUCUUGAAGAAUGUCAAAGUCACUGUCAAGACUGCACCACGAGGCAGGCCCCGUCCAAUCCGCGACAUUAUUCCGCGUGCUGGACGAUAUCAAUUUGACAAAGACGGUUCGCAAAUGACUGUUGAGGCGCAUUUCAUGCAAGCACACAACCUCCGCUUGCAAUACCCAGAUCUUUUCGGAGUGAGGAUUGGAAAGGAUGCAGUCUUCCCUGUAGAGGUCUGCAAAAUUGCGCCAGGCCAACUAUACAAGAAAAAGAUUCCUCAAGCUCUGACGAGCGAAUUCGUCAGGUUUGCAACCCAGCGCCCUGACAGGCGCCUAGACGCAAUCAGGCAGGGUGUGACUGGGGCGCAACUGCUUGAGUAUCACAACUCUGACUUCAUCCAAGAAUCUGGGAUGGCCGUGUCUCCUGAACCCCUCAAAGUAACUGGUAGAGUCCUGAAUGUCCCACGAGUCAUCUUCGGCAGAUCACAUGCGAACAUCCGUGGCGGCGCAUGGAACGUCGUUGGCAAUCAGCUCGCCAAACCCGCGACCGUCAAGACCUGGGCCGUAGUCACGUUCGAUGUCAAGGCACCCAACGAUCCUGCGCGCAUUAGAUUCCUACAAAAUCUCGCCGAGAAUCUGAGAAAAUUAGGCGUAGCAGUUGAAGGACCUCCCUAUAUCGCUGCAGGGAACACUACAGAUGUUGGAGGGUCACUGAUGAGAGCUGCACAGACAGCAGUUGCAGGUCUUGGGGGGGCUCCUCCAUCAAUAGUGAUUGUCAUGCUGCCAUUCAACGCCCCGGAGUUCAGGAGGAAAGCGAAGCACUGGGGAGAUGUGGAGGUUGGAGUCCCAACACAGUGCAUUCGUGAAGGCAAAUGGGAGAGAGCGAAUGAUCAAUAUUGCAACAAUGUUGCUCUUAAGGUCAAUGCAAAGCUAGGCGGGGUAAACUCCACAGUACAAGAUAUUUUCACCCGUGAGACACCAACGAUGGUUGUCGGCAUGGAUGUUGGACAUCCUGGUCCUGGCGUGACCAACCGCCCCUCUGUUACCAGCCUUGUCGCCUCAUAUGAUGUGGAAGCCACGCGUUACUGUGCCUUUGCAAGCGUACAAGCGCCUCGUACAGAGAUCAUCGAAGAUCUACCAGGCAUGCUGACAAGUGCAGUACAAUACUUUGCCGAUCGCAAGAACCCUCCACCAGAGCGUAUCAUCUUUUACAGGGAUGGUGUCUCCGACGGAGAAUACGCGCAGGUUGCGCAGAGGGAGGUGGCCGUGAUCAAUGAUACGCUGAAUGAAAUGCAGAUAUCGUAUGGGCCUGAAAGUCACAGGGAACUCAUCAAGGCAUUCGCAAAGAAGCCCCAAAUCGCGUUCGUCGUCGUCGGCAAGAGGCACCAUAUCCGGUUCUUCCCCGAGAAUCCCCAAAGCGCAGACAGGACGGGCAAUUGUCCUGCAGGAUUCAUCGUCGACGAUCAGAUCACCAAUGCCGCGUAUCCUGAUUUCUAUCUCCAGUCGCACAGUGGUAUUAUUGGCACGAGCCGCCCGAGUCAUUAUAUCGUCCUCGCGAACGAGAUCGCAGCGUUGACUGUCGACAAAUAUCAGGAGUUCUCCUACCACCUGUGCCACGUCUACGCCAGCGCGACUCGCUCGGUAUCCAUCCCGGCACCAGUCUACUGUGCGGACCGUGUCUGCGCGCGUGCAGAGUUUCAUUUCCAGGAGGAGAUGCACUUUGCGGACUCGGACGCGGCAACGACGGCGAGCGGCGGCAGCAACAUGGACUUCCCUUUGGAGCAGUGGAAGGCCAGUUUCAAGCAGGCCGCUGAUAGCAUCAUCGGCAGGAUGUUCUUCCUCUAAAUCGUCUCCGUCUUCGCGUCGUCUGGACCGUCAUCGGUGCAUGCAUGAUCUCUUGGCUUGGAACUGAAAUAUUCUGCUGUUCUCAUUUGUGCCGGCUGUAUAUCUGCUUACUCCGUUCGCAUUUUGCUUGAUCUAAUUUUCGAAGGGUAUUGUCGUUCUCGCGUGUUGAAACGUCAUCGACGUAUUGGAUAACAAUGUACGAUACCAGCUGUCGCAGAGCCGAAACGAAAUGUAUCAUCAUACCGUUGUCACAUUAUCCUGCGUGCCUUACCGGGCCCAUGUCUG